CGGUCGGGUUCAAACGGCGCGCAGCGGCUCACCGUUUUCCCUCUCUCAAAAUCCCCAGACUCUCCCUCCGAUACCUCACACAGCUCAGAACAAUGGCGAACACCACCUCCACCGCCAGCAACGAAAUCUUAAUGUUAGAAGCUCCGCCGCAAGGUCCAUCGUGGCCGGGCCCCUUAACCAACGCCGAGAUCAUCGACGCCUUGCCGUACAUCGACGAAGACUACUACGCCAGCGCAGCCGUCAAGAGAGAGGUCGACCUCAUGGUGGAGGAAGAGCUCCGUCGCAGCGCCAAAAAGCCCGCCGAUUUCCUCAAAGACUUGCCUCCACUCGCCAAGCCCAAUUUCAAGAAUAAUCCAGUUCUGGCGAGAGAGUACGACCGCGUGAGAGCUUCCAAGCCUCCCGUGGUUCUUGAUUUCUCCAGAGAUAAAGCGGAGAUGCCGAAGAGGACUGAUGAAGCUGCUUGGAGACAGGCUCUUCAGAAAGCUCAGUGCUUUUCGCAGCACAAUGUCGUCAGAUUGGAGAAUUUGGAGCUGAUGGAUAAGUAUGGCCCUGACGCCUGGAUUCAGUACAACAAUGUAUUGCAAUCACUUUUGUCGAGAUUGCAGAAAUUAACUCAUGAACGCUCUCAAAUGAUUGGAACCGUGAAUCGUGAAAGGAAAGAACAUCAGCAAAACACUGCAUAUGAGCUUAAUGCUUUAUCUGCGCAAUGGAAGGAACUUUCUGUGAAAAACAUAGAAAUUCAAGCCGCAUGUGCUAAAAUUGAAAAUUAUAUAGAUGAACUCAAAAAGGAAGCUGCAGAGAGAGGCUGGGACUUAAAACCAAUGGAGAAUGGCCCGUUGAAUUCUGAAUGAGUAGGUUCUGCAUGAAGACCUGGAAGUGCUCCAAUUCACGCAGCUGGAAUGGAUCCAUCUUUCCGGAUGAGUGGCUGAUAUGUUACUGGCUUACUCGGUGGUUUUUCCUAGUUCCAGUUGGAAUCCAAUACGAUUUGAUAAUUAUUUUACUUGGAUUUGUCCAAAUUUAGCUGUAAUGAUCUCAAAGAGCAGAGCUCCAUUAGAGUAAAUCUUUCCCGGAACUUAUUCUAAAUGGAUCCCGAGUUCAAGUUGUUUUCUACAUU